AUGAGUCCUCCACUGCUGAAGCUUGGCGCUGUGCUUAGUACCAUGGCAAUGAUCUCGAACUGGAUGUCCCAAACUCUCCCAUCCUUGGUAGGACUGAACACCACGAGGCUGUCGACGCCAGAUACCCUAACAAUCUUUCAGAAUAAUCCCAAAGAAGGGUGGCAAGUCUACAGUUCAGCACAGGACCCUGAUGGACGAUGCAUAUGCACAGUGGUGGCUCCAGAACAAAACCUGUGUUCCCGGGACGCCAAAAGCAGGCAGCUUCGCCAGCUUCUGGAAAAGGUUCAGAACAUGUCCCAGUCUAUUGAAGUCUUAAACUUGAGAACUCAGAGAGAUUUCCAAUAUGUUCUAAAAAUGGAAACCCAAAUGAAAGGGCUGAAAGCCAAGUUUCGGCAGAUUGAAGAUGAUCGGAAGACACUAAUGACCAAGCAUUUUCAAGAGUUGAAAGAGAAGAUGGAUGAACUCCUGCCCUUGAUCCCCGUGCUGGAACAGUACAAAACAGAUGCCAAGUUAAUCACCCAGUUCAAGGAGGAAAUCCGCAAUCUGUCUGCCGUCCUCACUGGGAUUCAAGAGGAAAUCGGUGCCUAUGACUAUGAGGAACUGCAUCAAAGGGUGCUGAGCCUGGAAACCAGGCUUCGUGACUGCAUGAAAAAGCUGACAUGUGGCAAAUUGAUGAAAAUCACAGGCCCAAUUACAGUCAAGACAUCUGGAACCCGAUUUGGCGCUUGGAUGACAGACCCUUUAGCAUCUGAAAAAAAUAAUAGAGUCUGGUACAUGGACAGUUAUACUAACAAUAAAAUUGUUCGUGAGUACAAAUCAAUCGCAGACUUUGUCAGUGGGGCUGAAUCAAGGACAUACAACCUCCCUUUCAAAUGGGCAGGAACCAACCAUGUUGUCUACAAUGGCUCACUCUAUUUUAACAAAUAUCAGAGUAACAUCAUCAUCAAAUACAGCUUUGAUAUGGGGAGAGUGCUUGCCCAACGAAGCCUCGAGUAUGCUGGUUUUCACAACGUUUACCCCUAUACAUGGGGUGGAUUCUCUGACAUUGACCUAAUGGCUGAUGAGAUUGGGCUGUGGGCUGUGUAUGCAACUAACCAAAAUGCUGGCAAUAUUGUCAUCAGCCAACUUAACCAAGAUACCCUGGAGGUGAUGAAGAGCUGGAGCACUGGCUAUCCCAAGAGAAGUGCAGGGGAAUCUUUCAUGAUUUGUGGGACACUGUAUGUCACCAAUUCCCACUUAACGGGAGCCAAGGUGUAUUAUUCAUAUUCCACCAAAACCUCCACAUAUGAGUACACGGACAUUCCCUUUCAUAACCAAUACUUUCACAUAUCCAUGCUUGACUACAACGCAAGAGAUAGAGCUCUUUAUGCCUGGAACAAUGGUCACCAGGUUCUAUUCAAUGUCACCCUUUUCCACAUUAUUAAGACAGAGGAUGACACAUAA